AUGUCGGCCAUUCCGAGCUUUCCACCAUCAACGGCCCUCACAACACGCGCCCAGUUUUUAGACGCGUAUGAACCAAUAGAUGUGAUAGGGAAUGGUUCCUUUGGCGUGAUUCGCAAAGUUCGCCGAAAGGAGGACGGUGCCAUUUAUGCGCGAAAAGAACUGAACUUUGAGCGCAUGUCGGAUCGAGACAAGAAGCAGAUUGUUGCAGAAGUAAAUAUUCUCAAAGAUCUGAAUCACGAGAAUAUCGUGCGAUAUCACGAUCGCUUUGUCGACUCGGACAAUGGGAUGCUCUAUAUUGUGAUGGAGUAUUGUGGUGGUGGCGACCUUGGAGGUGUGAUCAGUUCGACGAAGAAGCGUGGUCAACAUAUCCCGGAGGAUACCGUGUGGGACUAUUUUCUACAGAUCGUACUCGCCCUUCAUCACUGCCAUGCUCCACACAUCAAGCCCGGAACGACCAACGAGGUCCUCCCGAAUGUGAUAAAACGGGCUCCUAUUCUCCAUCGGGAUAUCAAACCGGAGAAUGUCUUCUUGGAUGCAAACGGUGUGGUCAAGCUUGGUGAUUUUGGACUCUCAAAGCAACUUGGUGCACAAGCAUUCACCAACACCUACGUGGGAACGCCAUAUUACAUGUCCCCCGAACUGUUUGGCGAAAUGCAUUAUGACACAAAGAGCGACAUAUGGAGUUUAGGUUGUUUGGUCUACGAGCUGUGUGCACUAAAUCCUCCCUUUCACGAAGCGCAAACUCACGCCGAGCUUGCAACCUAUGUCAAGAAAGGUCGAGUGCCAACACUACCAAGUCAGUAUGGACACUAUCUUCAAGCUGCCAUCAAAGCCAUGAUGAGCCUCGAGCCUUCAAAACGGCCAUCAGCCGCUCAUUUAUUGGCACACGAGAGAAUGAAUCUAGCAUUCAAGACGCGUGAAACACAAGAGAUGCUAAAUAAGGUCGUAGGCCAUCGCCAAACGCUGCACGCUCGACAAGAAAAGCUGGAGAAGCGUGAACAUGAUCUCGCGAGCCGAGAACAUGAUCUCGCGAGCCGAGAACAAGCACUCGCUCUCAAAGAGCAAGAACUUGUUCGACGGGAGCAAGAGUUUGCUGCAUUGGCAGUGACAAAGGAGGCGGAGAUCAUGGCCCGUGUCGCCGCGCGCGAAGAAGAACUACGCCAGUGGGUAUUCACACGUGAAGCCGAAUUGAAAAAGGAGAUGAUGGCGCAGGAAGAGGCGACGCAACAGGCUGUCGCUGCGCGUGAGGUCGAAUUGGAACAUAUGUGGAACAAACGCGAGGCACUAUUACGUGCAGAAAUUGCGAGGAAAGAUGCAGAGAUUGCAGAGCGGGAAGAAAUACUCAAGCGAGAAGCGGAACGAUUGCACCGGGAGCGUAUCUCAUCUACAUCGUUCAAGCCUACUCCAAAAGUUACAGAAGAUCAGACAGAUGCAACUCCGGUAAAACCUCAAGCACGUACUUCUCUCCCCCACGCAAAUGUAUUCGAAACACCCGUUCCAUCAACGUCAACGCCAGAUGACGGAGGUUCGGCGAUGAAGGGCGUGAUCAUGGCAGACGGACAGCCCGUGGCCACUCCCGCAGCCGCCCAGUUGCGCCACUUGUUGACCGACUCACCAUCCAAACGAGUCGAUCUCAUACAUGUUUUGGAUCAACAACCAUCUUCUUCCUCCGUGCCGUCCUCUAUUCAUGACGCGUUUACUGCGUUAGAUGAGAGAGGAAAGGAGAAUUCGCCGCCAGGUAUUGCAGGUCCACCGUCACCUUCGUCUGUCUCAACGACGAGUUCUCGCUCUGGGCUCAGUUGGCACGACAAGACACCCCAACCACGAACCAAAAAGCGUAUCUCUGGACGAAACGAGGAUCUCACUGCACAGUUGAAAGCCAACAAUCCAUCUCUUACGAGUUUACAGAAUGGAGAGAGGGGCAUGCAGCGUACGAUGAGCGCGCCAGUAGGAUGGGGGACAGGGGAGGGUGAUGAUGACGACGUACCAAGUCCGUUUCUCAAACGAGCGGACCGAGCAAUGGCAAAAACGACGACAAUGGGCAGUAGUAGUAGUAGUACACUCGUCAAGGGACCGAUGCUGGAGAAGAAGACGAGCAAGUCUGGGCUAAAAGAAGGCGGGGUCAGUGGGCGACUGUCGAGUGGCAAGGCGACGACGAUCAAGUCUACUGUGAGUGCUACGGCGAGUGCGACAGGAAGUGGGAGUCGUCUCUCAGUUGGCAAGGGCAUUUCUCGCACAGUCUCAUCUAAGCCUUGA